AUGAAGGGAAGCCCGCGGGAGCGCGCCGCCAACACAGGAGCGUCGCGCGGGGUCUGGCGCCGCUCGGGCGGCCUCCAAAAGGGGCUGAUGACAGUCGCGGACAGGUGGAUCCUCGCGGGGCUGGUUGCGUACCGAGUUCUGAAUGGCGUGGUUUUGAAGUCGUCCUUCAAUCCGGACGAACACUGGCAAUCGAGCGAGGUCGCACAUCACCUUGUCUUCGGAUACGGCUUCCUUUCGUGGGAAUGGGAACCGUGCAUCGCGUUGCGGAGCAUCAUACACCCUGCGGUGUUUGCAGGCGUGUACUGGCUGCUCGGCCGUCUCGGCUGGGACAGCCCGUCUGCCGUCGCUCUCUCGCCUCGCCUGGUACAGAGCAUCAUCGCUGCCUUCACUGACUACGGCACAUACCAACUUGCCAAAGAGUGGUACCCUUUCCGGCGGAAUGGCACAAAGCGGGGAAGUGUCUGUGGCGGGACGGGGACAGACUCCGAUUCUCUACCGUUUUACGUGCUUCUCUGUUCCGUCUUCAGCUGGUUCCAGUUCUUCUGUCUCCCGCGCACAUACUCGAGUUGUCUCGAGGCGGCUUUGAAUGUAUGGAGCCUGGUUUUCUUUGCUCGAGCGUCUUCGCAGGCGCGUGGACGCGCAGCCGGAGCGCCGACGGCUUCCGGCGAACCGAGGCGGCGCGCGGUGGGCUCUGAGCGGCCAGAAUCCCCUCACGCAUUAAGACGGAGAGUCGGCUCGAAGGCGCCGCGAGUGGACAAGGGCGGAGACAAGGAAGCGGACGGCACUGGUUCGGAUGUGCAGUCGAAACCCGCGGAAUGCAACUCGAAAGUGUAUCUUCUGUUGGCCUUGCUCCUGGCGGCGCUAGGUGUUCUCGUUCGGCCGACCGCGGCGAUGUUCUGGGCGGUCUUUUGUCUUUCCAAACUCGCUCAGCUGUGCGGCACUUCUUCUUUGAAGGCACAUGCCAGCGAUGAGGGAAGCGAAGGCCAGGCCUCGGCUCUGCAGCCUACGUGUUUCCUUGGCGUGUGCGCGGGCGUUGGGCUCGCGGCCGUUACCUGCAGUCUCGUGUGCGAUUCCCUAUUCUAUGGAUUCAUCACUUUCCCGCCAUGGAAUUUCGUGAAGUUCAAUCUGUUCGCGGACCCUGGAAAAUUCUACGGCGCGAAACCGUGGCACUAUUUCCUCUUGGAGGGACCCGGAGUCGUGUUCCUGUCCUUUUAUCCCUUCCUGGCCGCAGGCGUGUGUGUGUGGUGGAGCACCGUCAAGUGUUCGCUUCGGCGUCCACUGGAAGGGCGGGGAAACGGCGGAGGGCCAACCCGUCGCUCCAGGCGCGGUGUGCGUGUCACGCGCCUCGUACGCGAGCUCAUCACGCGGGACGACGGAGCGACGGCCCUCGCCACACUCUGCGCGCUUGUUUUGCUCUCCACUGCAACGCACAAAGAAUAUCGGUUUAUGGUUCCCUUCCUCCCCCAGUUGCUGAUCUUCACCGGUACAGGCGUCGCCCGCGCUGUGCUGGGUCCAACUGCCGUCGCGCAGCAGCUCCAGGCCUCUCCGUUUGUGGACGGAGAGACUCACCUCGAGGCCUCAAAGCCCUACAGGCCAUCGAAGUGGAUCCAGGUCGGCCUAGGCGUCGGGUUCCUCGUCCAGGUCACCGCAGCGGUCCUUUGCGGCUUCUUCCACCAAAUGGGAUCCUCGCGAGUUGUGACGCAUCUCCAGGCCUUGCCUGACACUGCCUCGGUCUUCUUUCUGACUUCCUGUCACGAGCUGCCGUACUAUUCACACGUACACCGGCGAAUCCCGAUGGGGUUUCUAGACUGUUCGCCGCGUGUCGACGACGGUCUGCCGAUGAACUGGCAACAGCGAUUCUGGAAAGGAAAGAAAGAGGAUCGCAUUGCUUUUCUGGAUACCUUAUUUCCACGCACGCAGACCGAGGCCGUUGCGGCCAGGCGAACGGACAAAAGGCCGUCUGACGCGUACUCCGAUGUGGCCGAAAAUAGCGAUCCGCGCGUGAACUCAUGGUUCGGAGAUGCCAAACGCCAGCAGCGGAUCUCGACGAACCCUGGGAAAUGCCUCGAAUAUCGUUUCCGCGUGCCUCUCGAGGCCCGAGAGUUGCCCACCCACUUGGUGGUUCCCAACGCGCUCUUGACGGAUCUUGCGGAUUGGCUGGGGGAACGGGGCUUCACGCCGGCACUGCCUCCCAUUUUUGACGCUGCCUUUGCCGAAACACCGGCCGGAGAUGUCUCGUGGCAGCAUUUGCUAGUCUUUGAAAGGCGCAAGGAGACGACGACCUAA